AUGGCAGCUAUGAUAGUUAAAAGGCACUUCAACCGCGCUAAACAGCUUAGUGCUAGCAGUAAAGCUAUUCCCAUUUCUAUACUGGCAGACAAAAAUGUGAAGCCCGGCGACAUCCAUACCGCGCCAUGGCCCCCUCCCCCUCCCUCUUCAUGGGCUCGUUCACCAUCUCCACCGCGCCACGAACCCGCGCCGGCCCCGCCGCGCCCUAUAGUCACUCCGCCCGGAUGUCCCUGCGCCCCCGGCAGAGGCCGUGACCGGCCGUCGCGGCAGCCGUCCAGGCCGAGCACCAGCCGCGGUGGCCGCGGCGCGAAGCCGCCCGCGCUCCCGUUCCGCGUCGGACACGGGUUCGACCUCCACCGCCUCGAGCCGGACCUCCCGCUCAUCAUCGGCGGCAUCAACAUCCCCCACGACCGUGGCUGCGAGGCCCACUCCGACGGGGACGUGCUGCUGCACUGCGUGGUGGACGCAAUUCUCGGCGCGCUGGGGCUGCCAGACAUCGGGCAGAUCUUCCCAGACUCCGACCCGCGGUGGAAGGGUGCCGAUUCUUCGGUUUUCAUGAGGGAAGCUGUGAAAUUGAUGCAUGAGGCAGGCUAUGAGCUGGGCAACCUUGAUGCUACACUGAUCUUGCAAAAACCAAAAAUCAGUCCAUUCAAGGAGACCAUCCGAUCUAACUUGUGUGACCUACUUGGGGCAGACCCAUCUGUUGUCAAUCUCAAGGCCAAGACGCACGAGAAAGUUGACAGUCUAGGAGAAAACCGGAGCAUAGCUGCCCAUACUGUAGUUCUCCUGAUGCGGAAAUAGAAAAGUGGAAGUAGUGAAUUGUAUCGUACUACAGGGAUUGAAUUGUAGUGAACAAAAGGCUGUUAUGUUAUACCAGUACUUAAGUGAUCUAGUCACUAUGGGAAUCUUCAUGUUGGAGAAACAAUAAAGCUGAAUGCAAUGAGAGAAGUUUUCUGUAUUUAUAUUA